UUCUUUGCUUUGUGAUAUUUUGUUCCGGUUUUGGCAUCUGGGUUUCUUCUUUUGUGCAGUCUUGGACUUUUGAUUUUUUGUAAUUACAAAUUUCAGGUUUCUUGCUUUUAGUUUUCCUUAAGUCUGAGCUUGACAUAGUUACAGUUUUAUGUCUUUGCUUAGAGGUACUGACAGAAUUUUGCCUUCAGCUUUUGGUAUAACAUUCCAUUUUGUCUGUGAUUGUGGAAGAUUUGGCAGUUAAAGCUCUGCCUGGGUGUAAACUGCAGAGGACUGAAGGUUUGGGUUGAAGUUUUGUUGGAAAGAUGGUACCUGGAAAAUGGCUUGGAAGUGUGUUUUUUCUUGUAUUUGGCAUGUUAGCCUAUGUGUUAGGUGCAUAUGUUGGGGUAAACAUCGGAACUGAUGUUUCAAACAUGCCAUCAGCUUUGGAUGUUGUGGCCAUACUUAAAGCCAAUCAAAUUACUCAUGUGCGCCUAUAUGAUGCUGAUAGUCACAUGCUGAAAGCCCUUGCAAACAGUGGGAUUGAAGUAAUAGUUGGUGUAACAAAUGAGGAAGUCCUGGGUAUUGGAGAAACUCCACCACCAGCAGCAGCCUGGAUUAAUAAAAAUGUUGCAUCUUACAUGCCUUCAACUAAUAUUACAGCUAUUGCCGUUGGCAGUGAGAUUCUUACCACAGCCCCUAAUAUUGCACCUGUUUUGGUGUCUGCCAUGAAUAACCUUCAUAAAGCCUUAGUAGCUUCAGAUCUAAAUUUCCAAGUCAAAAUUUCAACACCUCACAACAUGGAUGUUAUUCCUAAACCGUUUCCUCCUUCCACAGCUACCUUUAAUUCUUUAUGGAACUCUACAAUUUACCAGAUCCUUCAGUUUUUGAAGAACACUAACUCCUAUUACAUGUUAAAUGCCUAUCCUUAUUAUGGUUACACAAAGGGAAAUGGUAUUUUUCCAAUUGACUAUGCCCUUUUCCAACCACUUCCCUCAGUCGAGCAAAUUGUUGACCCGAACACACUUUUCCACUAUAGCAGUAUGUUUGAUGCUAUGGUAGAUGCUACCUACUAUGCUAUAAAUGCUUACAAUCUUUCAGGGAUCCCAGUUGUUGUCUCAGAAUCUGGUUGGCCAUGGCGUGGUGGAGCCAAUGAACCUGAUGCAACUCUGGAAAAUGCUGAGACCUACAAUAAUAAUCUUAUCAAAAGAGUCUUGAAUGACUCAGGCCCUCCCAGUCAGACUUCUAUGCCCAUUAACACAUACAUUUAUGAGUUGUUCAAUGAAGACAAGAGGCCUGGGCCUGUUUCGGAGAAAAACUGGGGUGUAUUUUUUACCAAUGGCAGUUCUGUUUAUCCUCUGAGUUUGAGUGGUUCCAGUCAAACUACUGGAAAUUCUUCUGGAAUUUUUUGUGUGGCAAGAGAUGAUGCAGAUUCUGAUAAGUUGCAAGAAGCGCUGAAUUGGGCUUGUGGGCAAGGCAAGGUUAACUGCUCUGCCAUCCAAGAGGGAAAGCCAUGUUAUCUUCCCAACACUGUCGAGAAUCAUGCUUCAUAUGCCUUUAAUGAUUAUUAUCAGAGAAUGCAUAGUGUUGGCGGAACAUGCAACUUUGAUGGCACUGCUACAACAACUUCUAUUGAUCCCAGUCAUGGAUCCUGUAUAUAUGCAGGAAGUUCUAAUUCAAGCACAACCGGGGGGCUCUCACCUGCUGCAGCAUUUGGACCUGCAAGUCCUCUAGUAGGAGGGAGUACAACCCUGCCAGUUUCCAAAAUUCAGCUUCUGGUAUCAACAGCCUUUAUCUCUCUAAUCUUGCUUUGAUUUGCAUCUUACUCCCAAGGCAGUUAAAAGCAGCAGCAUGUUGAGAUUGCCAAGACUGAAGCAUGGAAAUGCAAAAUUUCAAUGAAAAUUGAGAAUAUAAUGAAGUCAUAAGCAAUGCAGAAGCUUAGAGUCUCUCAAGGGUCAUUCAAUUGAUGUGUGUCUCUUCAUUUUUACCAAUUUUGCUUUUCCUAAGAGUGUCUUUUAUUCUUGUCAACAGGGUGUAUUUUGGUUCUUGUAAAAUGGUUAGUAGUAGGACUCUAUUUUUUGGGACAGUUAUUUUGUUCCUUUAAUAAUGACUAUUGUGAUUUAGUUUAAUUAAAUUCAUCCUUUUCUUUA